GCCGGGAGCGCGGGCGGAGCGUUCGGUGUCCUCGGGCCGCCAUGCUGCCCGCCGCGCUGCCCGCCGCCCGCCGGGCGCUGCUCCCGCCGCUGCUCCCGCUCCCGCCGCUGCUGCCGCCGCGCCCCGGGCCCCGCGGGCUCCCCGCCGGGCUGCGGCCGCUCGGCACCGGCCCCGCGCGGCGCUCGGAGGCGCUGGCCGGGGCGCCGCUGGACACGGCCGCCAAGGAGUACUCGCCCAAGGUGCGGCAGCUGGUGCGGGACAUCGCGGGGCUGACGCUGCUGGAGGUGGCCGAUCUCAACGCGCUGCUCAAGGAGACGCUGAAGAUCCCGGACGUGGGGGUGAUGCCCGCGGCGGCCUCCGCCGCCGUCCUGCCCGCCCAGGCGGCUCCGCAGGAGGAGGAGGAGGAGGUCCCGCUCAAGAAAGAGAAGACUCAUUUCACCGUCCGGCUGACGGAGCUGAAGGCCACUGACAAGGUGAAGUUGAUCAAGGAGGUGAAGAACUUCGUGCCAGGAGUGAACCUCGUGCAGGCAAAGAAGCUGGUGGAGUCCCUUCCACAGGAGAUCAAGGCGAACGCCUCCAAGGAGGAAGCAGAGAAGAUCAAAGCAGCGCUAGAGGCGGCAGGAGGGACUGUUGUUCUGGAGUAGUCUCGCCAUGGAGAGACUGGUGCUUCAGCUGCUGCCCGAGCCGGGCUCCGGACCUUUCCGAGUGCAUGUGGCACAGUGGGAGUACUCUCCCGAAGAAUGCUGUAUGGUUUGGCAGAGCUGCUUCUGCCUGCCAUCACCAUGAACUCUACCUUAUAAAUAUCAAAAAAAACCUGUAAAAUGGUUAAUCUUUCUCAAACAUUGAUUAUCCUCACGCUCCCCAUUUCAGGGAAUCAGAAUGGUUUAGGGUGGAAGUGACCUUGAAAGAUCAUGUCAGUCUAGCCCCUUGCUAUGGGCAGGAAAAACUUCCACUGCCCCAGGUUGCUCCAAGCUCCAUCCAGCCUGGCCUUGAACACUUCCAGGGAUGGAGCAGCCACAGUUGCUCUGGGCAGGCUGCCCAGAGAAAAUUUCUUCCUAAUAUCUAAUCUAAACCUACUCUGAGUUUGAAGCCAUUCCCCCUUGUCCUGUCACUACAUGUUCUUGUAAAUAGUCUCUCUCCAUCUUUCUUGUAGGCUCCCUUCAGGUACUGGAAGUUUGUACCAGCACAUCACCCACCUCCUUACGCUGCC